UACUGGCUUCUUCUUGAAGUAAAUGUGAAGUUUUCCUCAGAGGAUAAACGACUGAAACGUUUAAAUGUGAAAUUAAACUUUAAGGUCGAACUUUGACCCCCGGACCUCCGGUUUGACUCUAGACGUCGCCAUGGAGACAGCUGACGGCGAGACAGGCGGCCAGGAGACACAGCAGGUCGCUGCUGAAAGCCAACAGUGUUUAUAGAAAGUUGAGUGGAAGGAAAAAGUGAUCCAGUUAGAACUGCAGCCUUUGUUGAGCAGAAUCCAUUCACUCUGGAAAGUUUCUUCCAGGAUGGAUGUGAAUCUAAAUCCUGUUGCCAUGGAAAUUAAAUCAUUUCUCAACACUCCGGUUCUGGCCCGGUUCCUGCCCUGUUCGGCCCGGUUCCAGUCCGGUCCAGGGUUUGAUGAGGAGUAACAUGAUGGGAAGCUUACAGCUGGUUUUCCAUGACACUUCCCCUUUAAAACAGAGCUGGUGUAGAAACAAGAGGUCUCACUCUGACAAGCAGUUAAAACCAGUUAGUUCUUCCUGCCAGGACGUUUCUGUAGUUUAACUACCGAGUAGUUUAGCACGUCAUGAUAAAAUGACUCAAAGCUAAAGAACAAAGAACUGUUCAGUGAAGCUCCUAUUGAAAAGUAAAUUUAUUUCAUUAACUCAUCAAGUGAAACAUGGAUUACUGAAGUUUUAACGCCUUUAUUUCUCUUCAUGUUGAUUUUCUGCUUAUAAAUAAAAACACAUUAAAGAUCAGAAUAUUACUUCAAAUGAUUUUGGAAAACAGAAAUGUCUUCUUACUGAGAAGUUUGUUUAAAACUUUAUUAAAGGCCAUUUUUAAAGUGGUUCAACAAAUCGUUUCUCCUGAUUUACUGAAUGUUACUGACUGCGGUCGCCAUGACAACCCAACCAUGGCUGUGAAAAUAAAUCUGCUCAGGAUUUUAAUAAGAGUAACUGAUCACAUUAAAGCUGUGCAUGAAAUCUGGAUUCUCACCGGAUCCAGAUUAAAAUUCAAGAUCAUUUUAUUAAUCCCAACCAGAGAUUAAACCUGACGGAGUUACGCGACUACAAACUGAGCUCUGAUUGGUUGGCUGACAUUCAGGGGGCGGAGCUUCAGCAUCCUGGGUCUGGGUCUGGUUCUGGGCUGAAGCUGAGGGACAGAAACAGAGAUUCUCUGAAAACAGAACUGCUCGUGAUCCGGUCCAGAUCCAGUAUGGAACCGGUCCUGAUCCGGUCCAGAUCAAAUCCAGAACCGGUUCUGAUCCAGUCCAGAACCGGGGAUUAGCUCUUCCCCUAUCACCUCUCCUCCUCCCCAGGUGGCUGCAGGAAGCUCCGCCCCUCUGAUCCUUUCUCUGAGCUGCUGACACACACGCUCUCUCUCUCUCUCCGACUCUCUCUCUCGCCCCGGUCCGGUCCGGUCAGCAUGCUGGGCCUGCUGGCUGCCGGUUCCAUUUUCUUCCCGGGAAUUUUCCUGGGAUCAAAGCAAAUCCUGGAGCAGCUCAUGGGAUGGAGUGAGGCGGACGCCGUGGUGAUCUCAGCACGUCUGGUGUCGUCUCUCCAGGCCAUCAUGGCGUCCUCGGCCGGCUGGACCAUCGUCUCGUCCUGCAGGGAUGUCAUAGAGGACAGACACUGGCUGGCCGACGCCUACAUCCUGUUCGCCACGCCGUAUUUCUGCUACGACCUCCUGGCCAUGUUCCUGUGCUACUGGUUCAGGUUGCGGGUCAAAGGUCACCAGGAGGCGGGGCCCGACGGCGGCUCGGUGCGCGCCGCCGUGUCGGGUUUUCUGCGCCGGGAGGUUCUGAUGGUUCUGCAUCACGUCUUCAUGGUGGCCUUCUGCUGCCCCGCCUCUCUGGUGUGGCGCCGGGGGCGGGGCGAUUACUUCCAGGGCCUUCUAUUCCUGGCUGAGCUCAGCACGCCGUCCGUCUGUCUGGGGAAAGUUCUGAUCCAGUUCCAGAAGCAGGACUGGCUGCUGCAUCGGAUCAACGGCGCCGCCCUCCUGCUCAGCUUCUUCUGCUGCAGAGUUCUGCUCUUCCCCUACCUGUACUACACCUACAGCAGGUAA